AUGUUCUGCAGCUCGUGUGAAAAGUACUUAAACGCAUACUCAAUGCUAUGCAACUUCUGCAAUAAAAAGAAUACUCUUAAACUAGACUCAAAAAGAACAUUAGAGAAGACAUAUGUCCAGAAAACAGUAAAAGAGAGACAUAAAGGAGCAAAAAUCAAAGAGGAGUGCCCAGAGUGUAGAUCGGAAUAUUUGUACUAUUAUACCAUGCAGUUAAGGUCGGCAGAUGAAGGACAGACAGUUUUCUAUGAGUGUGAUUGUGGAUACAAACAAAACUCAAUACAUAAACAAUAA